CCAGCUAGCGCCAGGCGCCUCCAAGGGACCCACCGGACCAGGCAGCGCCAGGCGCCUCCAAGGGACCAACCGGACCAGCUAGCGCCAGGCGCCUCCAAGGGACCCACCGGACCAGGCAGCGCCAGGCGCCUCCAAGGGACCAACCGGACCAGGUAGUGCCAGAUGCUUCAGAGAAACCGACCAGAUAAGGUACUUCAGAGGGACGGACAAGGUAGCGCCUGACACUUCAGAGGGACCUACUGGACCAGCCCGAUAACCUAUAUCCAGAGCAGACCAACACCUGGCAGUGCUGAUGAGCAUGGAAAACAUUCCAAGAUGCUUGGCACACUGCAGUGCUGCCCCUUAGAGGGCAGGAGCCUUCCUGGGUGCCCCCAAUCCAACCUCCAGCUCGACACCUGAAGCAUAAGGCUUGUUUAGCCCCGGCCAGAAGAGCACAGCAGAGAGCAUUGUCCCGUGAUCCAAGUAUGGAGCCCUGGAUCUGGGCCCACCUCCUUCUGGAGGCUGCAGUAAGUGAUCCCAGCUGGGUGAGACAACAUCUUUUAUUGGGUCCAGUUCUGUGGAUGAAAGACAAGUGUCUGGGCUACCCAGAGCUGGUUUUCAGCUCCACGAAAGGUGCUUCAAAAUGGAUUCCUUAAGGAUCCCCUCCAUGAUUUUUCCGGGGACUGAGGGUUACCCGAGCUGCCAGACCCUCGCAGAGAGCCUCUUCCUACCGCAUCGGAAGCAAGGAGACACUAGUGGCUCCGCGCCCUCCGUCAGGAAGCCACCUGGCCCCGCGGCAGCGGCGAUGGACGUGGGAGAGGCGGCUGUCCGGAGGGUCUGCGUCAGGUGUUGCCCCUUGCUCCAGCCCACGCGUCCUGCAGGCCGAGGGGGAAGUGGUUGUGUCGAAGGCUCAGCUGGAAGCCUUGGUCAGCAAAGGAGAGAGAUGAUUGCGGAGGGCACGCCAGACCGUUUCCCUGUGUUUUUGAUGCAGCAGGGAGAGGAGACCGAGCCUGGGAGAGAUCGAGGAGCCGGCCUCCGGAAACGAGCGGAUGCUCAGAAGAGAGGUGCUGGAGAUUCACAGCGUAUCCUGGUUGCCGUCCUAACGAAUGAGGUCAGCGCAGUCUCCGUGCAGUCUCUGAGCCGGCUGAGAGCACUGUACUCCUCCUGUGGCACCCGGGUUGGGUUACGUAUCGUCCCAGUGGCUUGUUCCGAGACUUGGUGCCAGAGGAGGAGAGGGACGUCAGAAAAGUCGCCCUCGUGAGCCAGCUGCUUCCCUGAGUCAGGAAGGAACAGCUGAUCUCCCCGGGAAAGCGAAAGGAGACAUGAGUGCGAUAGGAAGGACCCAGCACAAGCCACAUGCAAACUUGAGCCUGUCUGACCGUUUGCCCUUCGGAAGCUCCGUCAAGGGGCUGCUUUGUUUUUCUGAUCACAGCUUUGCUGCAUUCACAGCGACACGAAGGGCUGGCUCAGCAUUUCCAUUUUAAGCACUUGUUUUCCGGGGGCUUGUGUGCGCUGGGGGGAAAAAACCGCACUCAGCCCUAACCCCAUCGCUCUCAGGGCUGCCGCAUAAGGCAGGCCCCCCUCUACCUGCUGGGAGGUUUGGGGUGGGAGGGACAGCUGUGUAAUAUUCGGAUCUGGUGCAUGGGAUAGAGUCCUCUGAAACGUGGGAUGCGAUAGGACACAGUGCCCCUCCCCCAAACAGGGGGACACAGAAAUGUGGGCUCAGAUCUCCCUGUGGCUCUCGCCCUAAGAGUCACGUCCUAAUCUUGCAAACACUGACGGGUGCGAGUAAUUUUAUGCAAAUGCCUGAAAUCUGCCCCCGGCAGAGAGCCGGCGUGUUAAGCCCCUGUGAACCUCACACGGGUCCUCUGCAUGGGGUGAUUUCACCCACGGGGCAGGCCCACUCAUUUUGGUGCCUAAGUGUUUGCAGGAUCAGGGCCCCAGCUUGCUGUGUGGGGAUGGAGGGCUGGGAUCCGGACAGUCUGCCACUGCCAGGGUUGUGGCCCCUUGACUCGGGCAAGGCCCCGCAGGCCUCUUCCAGAGCCCCAUGAAAGCGGGUGACUUGGGAGAUUCCACGCGGAAGGCAUGAAUGGAUGGGUUAAACCAACCCCACCCCAGAAGGGCAAGUCUAAUUUUGAAGCCCUAGCAUGGGUGGCAAGCCUCACCCCCUCCGCCCCUUCAGCAACCUCCCCCUGUGGAGCUAUGCCCUGGCCAACCCCAACCCUGAAGCCUGAUCCUUCCUGGCCAGCCGGAGGACUGGGCUGCUGCGGCUCUAGCCCUCCCAUGUGGCUGGGGAGCCCAGCUGCUACGCCACAGUCCCAGCCCUCCCAAGGGUCCAGGGAGCAUAGGCACUUUGGGGAAGUCAACGUCUUCCCUUGCCUACAUCACCGACCGCCCACGAGCCUGCGCUAUGCACUGUUGGGUGUGCGGAAACGCCUGGCCAAGCCAAUUGCACGGAAGGGAGUAAACGGAUCCUAUUGAAUCUCUCCCUUCAUGUGAGCCCAGAACUGGAGCCCAGGUGUUUGCUAAGAAUCCUGGCCAGUCACGCUCUCCUCCGUGUAAUGCGAAGGGGCAGCUCAUCAGCUAGCGUAAAUCCGUGCCGCUCUCUCGAUGCAAAUGCAGCUCCAUGCGUGUGCACCGGCCAAGUCUGCUGCCGCCGAAUCUAUUCUGAGUGUUUUGGUUGUAAUCUUAGAAAAAAAAAUCCUCGCUUUUUUUUUAUUUUUUUUUACUCCUUGUUAUUUAAAGAUGGUUUAAAUU